AAAAUAAAUUUUAUUUGCUAAAUUACUUAUAUUAAUAAACAUGUAAUUUGACACAAAUAGAUAUUUCAAAUGAAACACGUCUCAUAUACCGAAGAAAUUAUUUUGUUUUGAUACUACCACCAACAUAACUUUCCUACGUAUAUAAUCGUCCUCCCUAAUAAUAAUUAAUACCUACAACACAAUAACAAGAAACGGAAUGAAGAGGCUCCACAUAUAUUAUUGCUUUUCUUUUCGUUGAAUUUUAAAACUUUGACUCCAAUAAACGACGUGGGUUCAAAACACCUUCUUUGGUAUUUCAUUCAUUGCAGCACAUAAGAAACUUCCAAGUCAACUGUACUCCAGAAGCCUAAGUCAACUACUCUGAAGAGUAAACAAUGAAGCCUUUUUUAUUCAUUUCCUUUGUCUCAAAAAGCAACUAAGAAAACCAAUCAUAAUUACACUGUUUUCACUUUGUUAUAGUUAUUCGUUCAUUUCACAGAAUCAUGGUUGAUGUGCUAGGCUCACUUAUCUCUGCUUUCUUGCAAGUGCUGUUGGAUAGGAUAGCUCAUGUUGAACUCAUAGACUUCUUCCGAGGAAACCAUCUUGAUGAAACACUUCUAGAGAAGUUGAAGAUGCUUUUACUAUCUGUCACUACUGUGCUUAAUGAUGCUGAGGAGAAAAUGUUUUAUGAUCCAUCAGUGAAGGAGUGGGUUGAUAGGCUGAAGAAUGUUGUCUAUGAUGCUGAUGAUGUUUUGGAUGAGAUUUCCAGCAAAGCUAUACACGACGAGAUGGAUUCAGGAUUCCACACCACCUUAGAUCAGGUAAAAGAUUAUGCUUCUUCUCUCAAUCCGUUUUCUGAACGAGUUCAAUCGAAAAUUGGUAGGAUAAUUGAGAGGUUGAAAUCUAUAAUAGAGUAUAGAGAUCUUCUUGGUCUUAAGGAAGGAGGUGUAGGUAAAUCACUCUCGUUAGGUUCAUCCACAACUUCUUUGGUGGAUGAACAUCGCGUGUAUGGUCGAGAUGGUGAUAAGAAGAAGAUUAUUGAGUUUUUGUUAUCAGGUGAUUCCAAUGGAGGCGGGGUGCCGAUAGUAGCAAUUGUUGGGAUGGGAGGGGUAGGAAAGACUACUCUUGCUCAGAUUUUGUACAAUGAUGAACAAGUGAGGAACCAUUUUCAAUCAAGAUCAUGGGCCUCUGUGUCAGACUCUUCAAAUGUGUAUGAAAUAACCAAAAAAGUUGUUGAGUCGUUCACUAUGUCGUAUUCUAAUAUCUCAGACUUGAAUAUACUCCAAAUCAAACUUAAGGAUAGAUUGACAACAAGACAGAGGUUUCUAAUUGUUUUGGAUGGGUUUUGGAAUGAGAAUUUUCUUGACUGGGACAUCCUCCAAAGACCUUUUCUAUCAGCAAACAAGGGAAGUAGAAUCAUCGUCACCACACGUAAUCAAAGUGUUGCAACAUUAAUUCGUGCGGAUUUAACUCAUUCUCUUUCGCUUUUAUCUCAUGAAGAUACCUGGAAGUUGUUUGCAAGUCAUGCAUUCAAAUCAGGGAAAUCGAAUGAGUAUCCCAUGAUGGCACACAUUGGAGAAAAAAUAGUACAAAAGUGCAAUGGUCUCCCUCUAGCUGCAAAAGCGCUAGGGUGUCUCCUACAUACAAAAGAAGAUGUUAGAGAGUGGGAAGGUAUAUGUUAUAGUAGGAUAUGGGAGUUACCAAGUGAUAAGUGUAACAUUCUUCCUGCUUUAAGAUUGAGCUAUAGUCAUUUACCUUCUCAUUUAAAGCGAUGUUUUACUUAUUGUUCUAUAUUUCCUAAAGGAUAUGAAAUAAAAAAGUGGGACUUGAUCUAUUUAUGGAUGGCUGAAGGUAUCCUGCCACAACAAACAUUGGGGAAGAGAAUGGAGGAUGUAGGAGAAGAAUGCUUUCAAGAGUUACUAUCUAGGUCAUUCUUUUAUCAAUCAACCUACCACAUAUCAUGUUAUAUGAUGCAUGACCUUAUCAGUGAUGUAGCACAAUUUGUUGCAGGUGAAUUCUUUUACAAAUUAGAUGAUAAUCAUCCUAGAAAAAUCACAAUUAGUGUUCGCCAUUUAUCUUAUUUACAAGGCAUAUAUGAUGAUCCUGAAAAGUUUGAAAUCUUCUCUGAAUUUAAGCAACUUAGGACCUUCCUACCAUUCAGAUUCUCAUGCUUUGUUUACUCCUCUUCAAUUACCAGUAUGGUUUCAAUUUUGUUACCAAAAUUGAAACGCUUACGUGUGCUCUCUUUGUCUCACUAUCCAAUUACCAAGUUGCCACUUUCAAUUGGAAACUUGAUGCAUCUAAGAUAUUUGGAUCUUUCUUACACUGGAAUUGAGUUUCUGCCUGAUUCUGUUACCACUUUGUAUAACUUGGAGACACUUUUGUUGUCAGGUUGUCGUUGUCUGACAGUGUUACCAAAAAACAUGUCCAACUUAGUUAACUUACGUCACCUUGAUAUAAGUGGAAGCAUUGUGACAAACAUGCCUGCAAAUUUUAGUAAAUUGAAGUCUCUUCAAGUGUUGACCAGCUUUGUAGUUGGCUGUGAAGGAGGAUCAAAAAUUAGUGAGUUAGGAGAGCUUUCAGAACUCCAUGGAUCCCUUUUGAUUGUGAAUUUGCAAAAUGUAGUUGAUGCAAAAGAAGCUUCCCAUGCCAAGUUAAAGGGUAAGAAAUAUCUUCAUGAACUAGAAUUAAAGUGGACAACUACAACUCAUGAUGAAGAUACUGAAACAAAUGUACUUGACAUGCUAGAGCCACAUAAAAAUCUAAAAAGACUUAAAAUUCAAAAUUUUGGUGGCAAUAAAUUGCCGAAAUGGUUGGUGAGCUCUUCAUUCUCUUGUAUGGUGUGUCUAUACCUCGCUAAUUGUGAAAAUUGCAAGUCAUUGCCAUCACUUGGACAAUUGACAUCUCUCACAGAACUCCAUAUAACAAUGAUGACAAACCUACAGAAAGUUGAUCUAGAAUUCUAUGGGAAUGUAAGUGAACCAUUUAGAUCAUUGAAAAUUAUGAAGUUUGAGGACAUGCCUAAUUGGGAAGAAUGGUCCACCAAUAGAUUUGAAGAAAAUGGAGAGUUCCCUUCACUUUUAGAGCUUCAUAUAGAGAGAUGUCCUAAAUUGACCAAAAGCUUGCCUGACCACCUUCCUUUGUUGGAUAAAUUAGUGAUCACUGCAUGUCAAGCUCUAACAAGCCCAAUGCCGUCGGUUCCAAGGCUGAGAGAAUUAGUGCUGACGGGUUGCGAUGCGUUGGUGUCGUUACCCGAGAAAAUGAUGGAGGGAAAUAAAUGUCUUCAAAUUAUAGCCAUAAGCAACUGCUCAUCUCUUGUCACCAUUCCUAUGGAUGGAUUAAGAACCCUAAGAUCUCUUGAAAUCUAUGAGUGCAGAAAUUUUCAACUAUUUCAUCCUCAGAGUUUGAUGCAGGAACCUCACUACUAUUCAGCCCUUGAAAAAUUACACUUAAAAUGUUGUUGUGAUUCUCUCAUCUCAUUUCCAUUGUACAUCUUCCACAAGCUAGAAGAUCUUCGCAUACAAGAUUGUAGCAAUCUCCAGAUGAUUUCAUGUGCUCCAAACAGUGUACCAAAUUUUAGGAAGUUAAAACUAAAACAAUGCCCCAAACUUACUCAAUUUCUUGGAGGGUUGCUUGCUCCAAAGCUUGAGUCACUUUGUAUCAGCAAAUGUGUUGAUUUCUCGCCUAAGACUACAUGGGGUCUUCAGGAAAUGACAUCACUAACUUCUCUUCAUAUCACCCAACUUCCUAGUCUUACUUCACUGGAGCAUAUAGGAGUUCAAUAUCUAACAUCUCUCAAAAUUCUGAAGAUUAAAGCUUGUGCUAAUCUUGAAUCUCUUCCUUUAGACAGACUAGUCACUUCCCUUUCUCAUAUUACUAUUAAAGCAUGCCCAAUAUUAAAAGUUCUAUGUGAAAAGGACAUUGGAGAUUACUGGAGUAUGGUCUCUCUCAUUCCUUCCAGAGUCAUUGAAGAUUAGAUCACAGAUCUUAGUUGAAAAUGUCAGGUUAUGAUGGAGCUAAAUUUGAGGUUGAAUUUCUUCUAAGAAUGAGGGAAUGACGAGGAUGUAAAAGGAACUAAUUGUGAUGAAAAGAAGGAAAAUCAAAGUCAACUUUAGAAUAAAUCUUAGUUUUGUUUGUGUUUAAUAUAAAUUGUAUUAUUUUAGUUUUAUUUUAAUAAUUAAGUGAUGUAAGCUUAAUAUGGUCCUAGAGUUUUAUUAAGCUUAAUAUGCCUCCUGAUUGAGUUGAUCUUUGUAAAUGAAAUAAAAAAAUUUCUUGAAUUGGAACUCUUAUAUUGAUUUUUAUCGACAACAUCCUUAUCAUUGUCACGAA